UCUUGAUUUAUUUUUUCUCUCACUCGCACCUCAUACCUCUAUAGCUUAAUACGGUCCACUAGGAUAUAGGAUCCUCACUCCACUCCACUUAUACUAUUUUUUUUUCUGUCGCGGCAGUGGCACGCGUGGUAACGUAACGGGGGAUUGUAUUUUGGAGACUUGUGCUGGUGAAUGAAAAAUUUGUAGUAAAUUAAACCUAAAAAAUGGCUUUAUUCCGAAUAACCACUACCAAAUUACAAGAAACACAGAAACUAGUACCCCAAAUCUCAGUUAUCCUCAGACAGCUCAGCGAUGCCUCCACAGACCUCAAAGCCGUUCUGGCAGCCAAAGUACCCAAAGAACAGGAACGUAUUAAGAAUUUCCGCAAAAAUCAUGGAAACACCAAAGUUGGUGAAGUUACAGUUGACAUGAUGUACGGGGGUAUGAGAGGUAUCAAAGGUCUAGUAUGGGAACCUUCGGUGCUGGACGCCGACGAAGGGAUCCGUUUUCGUGGUUUGUCAAUUCCCGAAUGCCAAAAAGUCCUUCCCAAGGCACCUGGUGGCAGUGAACCCUUACCUGAAGGUCUUUUCUGGCUGUUGAUCACUGGUGACAUUCCAACUGACGCUCAGGUCAAGGCCAUCUCCAAAGAAUGGGCGGAACGUGCCGAACUACCUCCACACGUUGUCACUUUGCUCAAUAAUAUUCCCAGCAAUGUUCAUCCGAUGUCACAAUUGUCGGCGGCAGUUACUGUUUUGAACAGUGAAAGUAAAUUUGCCAAGGCCUAUGCAAGUGGAGUGCACAAAUCCAAAUAUUGGGAAUACGUUUAUGAGGAUUCCAUGGAUUUGAUUGCUAGAUUGCCAGUUGUUGCUGCAACCGUUUAUAGGAAUACCUACAAGGAUGGUUCAGGUAUUGGUGCUAUCGAUACCUCCAAAGAUUGGUCCUACAAUUUCACCCAAAUGUUGGGCUACGACGAUCCCAAAUUCAUCGAACUCAUGAGGCUGUACCUCACCAUCCACAGUGAUCACGAAGGCGGUAAUGUAUCAGCUCACACCACUCACUUGGUAGGAUCCGCUCUCAGUGAUCCUUACCUAUCUUUCGCUGCUGGUUUGAACGGUUUGGCUGGCCCUCUCCACGGUCUAGCCAACCAAGAAGUACUUGUAUGGCUGCAAAAGCUCCGUCAAAAUGUUGGUGACAAAUACACCGAAGAACAACUCAAGGACUUUAUCUGGAAGACUUUGAAGUCUGGACAAGUAGUACCUGGUUAUGGGCAUGCUGUUUUGAGGAAGACUGACCCACGUUACAUGUGUCAGAGGGAGUUUGCUCAGAAACAUCUUCCAGAAGAUCCUCUCUUCAAACUUGUCUCUGACGUCUACAAAGUAGUACCACCAAUCCUUUUGGAUCUCGGAAAAGUCAAGAACCCAUGGCCCAAUGUAGAUGCUCACUCAGGAGUACUUCUUCAGUAUUACGGACUGAAGGAGAUGAACUAUUACACAGUUCUAUUUGGAGUAUCCAGAGCUCUUGGUGUCUUGGCUGCACUUGUAUGGGACCGUGCUCUUGGUUUGCCCAUUGAAAGACCCAAAUCCAUGUCUACAGAUGGUCUUAUGAAAGCGCUCAAGGCUUAAAAUCUAGUUUUCUAAGUUCAUUUUUGUUUUCUUGUUAUUAAUGAAAAUUUCGUCAUUUUUAUUUAUGAAGAAAUUUUUCAUUCGAUACAGUUUUUAAUUUGUGAUUGUCAAAGUGAUUUUAUUUAAUUCUUUUUUUUUCAUAUCGCAGGUUACCCUUUUUACAUAAGAACUAAAUACAAAUUAGGCUGUAGUUAAUUUGAUCCUCAUGAGAAUGUAGAUACUAUGCGCUAAAUACUUAUUAAUUAAGAUUUUAUUUAAUUUAUUUUUUGUGACCUAUUUUCUGAAAUGUUUUAUUGAAAAGUAAAUUAUUGUAGAAAUUAAGUAGAAAAAUCAUACAUACAACAAGACAAUACAACGUUUGUAAAAAUGAAAUUUGUUACUAAACUUUGUUUUCCCGUAAUUUUCAAGCAGUUUUUUUUAAUAUUUUUUCUCCAUUAAAUAAGGUUCUAAAAAUUCGUCUGUCAGAGGCACGUCUAAUUCCACCCUGACCAAUCCAUCGCGGGUCCUCGCAGUUGCCAAUCAAUUAAUAAGAUCAAGUGAUUCAUCAAAUUUUUGUAGACGAUGUAAAUAAAUAACUAUAUUUGAAACAA